UUAUAUGAAUCUCAAUAUUUGAACAGAUUAAUCUUUCUCUUCCGUGUAGAAUAUUUUGAUUCAAACAAAAAAGAAAAACCUGCCUUAUUUUAUUGACCAAAUCCCAUAUAAUAAACCCACAACCACCCACACACAAUUCCCACUCCCACACAACCAUCAUCUCCCCCAUGUGAACGUUACAUUACACCUUAGUUUGGUUUUGUAGCAUUAUUAUCCCCAACCCAUCAAAAGCAACAAUCAUUGAAUUAAUUGCACCAAAUAUUGUUUUGCUGUAAUCAAUACUCCAAUGGGGAAUGCCUUGGGGGGAAAGAAAACCACAAAGGUGAUGAAGAUUGAUGGGGAAACCUUCAAGCUUAAAACCCCAAUAAAAGUUUGUGAUGUGCUAAAAGACCACCCUGGCCUUGUUCUGUUAGAAUCCGAGGCUGUGAAGCAUUAUGGUAUAAGAGCAAAGCCUUUGGAAGCCCACAAGGAAUUGAUGCCGAAGAGGCUUUACUUCCUCGUGGAACUUCCCAAGGAAGUGACGGUGGCGCCGAGGCGGGUCCGGUCGGGGAUCAACAUGAGCGCCAAGGAGAGGCUCGAGAGCCUCGUUUUGGCUCGACGGUCGGCUUCAGAUCUCACGAUCAUGAAACCGCCGUCGAGCCAGAAGGAGGUGAUGGAGAGUGGUGGCGGGGUGAGGCUUAAGAUGAGGCUGCCCAAGGCCGAGGUGGAGAGGCUGAUGAGAGGGUGCGAGACUGAGGCUGAGGCUGCGGAGAAGAUUAUGGGACUUUGCAUGGCGAAUAAUGGUGGUGGGGUUGAAGCUAGAAAUGGAGAUGGGGAGGUGAAAGGCAGAGUUGGGGAAAGUACAAAGGCACGUGAGAAAAGGGUGAGUUUUAUGCCAAUCAAUGAAGGAGGAAGUCCAAUAGCUGUGGCUUCAUAAUUACCACGCACUCAUUUUAAAUUACAUUAGCUUUGAAAUACAUAACACCCUUCGGUGUUGCUGCUAGCCAGGGAGGGUUAUCUCACAAAAGGAAUGAUCUUCCACUGAUGCAUAUAUAGUUAAUUAAAUAUAUAAGAGUGAUGUUAUUAUUUACAUUUUCAUGCUAUAUACUUUGAAGUCAUCGCAAACGGUACGUUGCUAUAAUUAUAUGGGUGUUUGCAAAUAUAUAUAUUAGUUUCACUGAACAGUAAAAUGUAGUUCAGGUACCUUAAUUAAUUUGAAGCUGUGAAUUACUGUGAA